AAUUUUUAAAAUUAUUUUAGUAAAAGUUAUUUAAGAAUUAAAACUAAAAGAAUAAAAAUGUUUUCUUUAACGAAAAUAAGUUUUCUCAUACUUUGUUUGGGUCUCGCAAAUGUUAAUGUAUCAGCUAAAGUGAAUCUUUUUGCUGAGCAGAAUUUAAUGGAAAUAAUGAUGCAGUCUCGUUCUUAUUUGGAAAGAAGUCCUGAAACAACAACAAAAUGUUUCCAAUACUAUAUUCCAGCAUUGCAAGAAGUAAAUGAACAAUAUGAAGCCAGUUUUAGAUUAUGUGAAUCAACUGCAGAAACUGAGAAAGCGGACCUGGAAGAUUCAGUGACAGGCAAGCGAGAAGAAAUAAAGUCAUCCACAGAUGAAUCUUGUGCCGAAUUUAAUGAUUGUGAAGUCAUUGCUGACGCAAUUGGAUAUUUUGAAUGUUACCAAAAUAAGGCUACCCAAGGAUCUAAGGAUAUGAACUCUAUAUCAAGAAAUGUCGCUACUGCUGUUAAUGACUUGAAAGAACAAACUCGCUUAAUCGAUAAUCGAAAAGAUCGAUGCACAUAUGAAUCAGAACGUGUGUAUACUGACAAUUACGAUCGCACUUCUGCUGAACUUCAAAGUUGUUUGGAUGGAAAAACCGAAGUACCAACUCCAACUGAACCACCAACUGAACCACCAACUGAACCACCAACCGAACCACCAACUGAACCACCAACUGAACCACCAACCGAACCACCAACUGAACCACCAACUGAACCACCAACUGAACCACCAACUGAACCACCAACCGAACCACCAACCGAACCACCAACCGAACCACCAACUGAACCACCAACUGAGCCCCCAACUGAACCACCAACUGAACCACCAACCGAGCCACCAACUGAACCACCAACCGAACCACCAACUGAACCACCAACCGAACCACCAACUGAACCACCAACCGAGCCACCAACUGAACCACCAACUGAGCCCCCAACUGAACCACCAACCGAACCACCAACCGAACCACCAACCGAACCACCAACUGAACCACCAACCGAGCCACCAACUGAACCACCAACUGAUACUUUAAAUGGAUUACUACUCGCAGCUGCGUGCGCUUUUUGUCAUAUCUCUGCGACGGCGGCGACAAGUUGGAAGGACAAUGGUUAUGGACGAAACAAUGGAGAAAUUAUGGUACAACAGAAACAACUGCAACAACUAAAACAAGAGAACCGUAAUAAUGUGCAACAGCUAAAUGAACAAUGGGGGUCUUCAUUGCAACAGCAGGAACAGCAGCAAGAACAGCAGCAGCAACAACAACGACAACAACUACAAUUACAGCAACCAGAAAAAGAACAGCAAAUUAAAGAGCAGUACCACUAUGACGAACAUGCUGAUCCCUAUGAUUUAGCCAAUUUAUGGCGUCUGCGGCAGAUAUAUGAAUAUUUUAACAACGAACUUGGCAACAACAUAAACAAAUAUAACUAUGAACACCAACGAUUACAACAACUACAGCACCAGCAGCAGCAACAGCAACACGUUGAUGACGACAACUACGGCAACAAUAUAAAUAGUAACGGAAAUCCCAGUAGUGGCAGCAGCAAUAGCAACAAAGAUGGCAUCGACAAUGACAGCAACAGCGACAAUGUAUAUAACGAAUGCAAUUACAGCAACAACAUAGGUAAACAUACACAAAACACUCCCAUUUGCGCGAGGAACGGUGUUAUAGUCCGUGCGGCAAAAUCGCAUCAGGAUGCCAGAAAUGGUUUCCGUUUGCAAUUGUCUGCUUCAAAUGAAAAUAAUGAAACUAAUUAUGACAACAAUAAUUAUGAUAACAAAAACACAAAUAGUUUUGUUAUCAAGGACGAACUUUGGUAA